GCCCUCCGGGGACCCGGGGGGAAGGUGGGCUGCCGCCGUCGAGGCCGGGACCUGCAGCGGUCCUCGUCGCCGGCCCCAGGGGGGUCUCACCUCCGGCUUUCUCCCCCCGCAGGACCCCCCGGAGGCCGGAGCUCCGGCUGCCCCUCGCCCUCCGCCCCCCUUUCCCCUCGGCGGCUGGACCGGCCCGGGCUGCGUUGAUUCAUCCCCGCAGGUUUGGAGGAGGAGUUGGUCGGAAUGGGCCGGCCCCCGUCGCUUUGAUUCCUCCCCCGGCCUGACGGCGGAGGCCUGCCCCCGAGCCGUCCCACAUGAGGACGGCCCGAGGGGUCGAGAUCCGCUCCCCGGCCGGGGUUCAAGCUCGGAAGACAGCCUGGACGCGGAGGAGGGGCCCCUGCAGGUGCUAGAGGACCGCCCUCCCUUCCCACCCCCCGACGAUCGCUGCUGAGCUUAUCCCACCACCUCCGUAGCCUCGAAUCCGGGGGCUCCUGCCGGCCUGGGAGCCUCGGUUGUGGUCGGAGAUGCGAGGACGGUCCCCCUGCUCCCCCUCCUCCCCUCCGCUCCUCCCCCGAAGCCUCGGGCAAACGCUCAUCUCCCCCCGGGACCCGGCCUCCAGAGCUGCAACAGAACUGGACGUUUGAACUUGAGGCCGACACCGAGACUCCUCUCCCCUCCUCUCCCCAUUUUGGGGGUCCACCGACCCCGUCCAUGCGUCUGGGUUGACCCCCCUCCCGCCCCCUCCUUUGGGCUUUUUUAGGGAGCGGGGAGGAAGUUUGGGGUUGUUGAUUUUUUUUUUUUCGGCGGUUGUGGCUUGUCUUUUGGCCCUGAGCGUUAGGGCUUCGUCUCAGGGAAUUUGCCCAUGGCUUUCUUGAUGAAGAAGAAGAAAUUUAAAUUCCAGACCGUUUUUACCUUGGAAGAGCUGACCGCCGUCCCCUUCGUGAACGGGGUGCUGUUCUGCAAAGUGAGGCUGCUGGAUGGCGGAGAUUUUGUCAGCUUGUCCUCCAGGGAGGAAGUGCAGGAGAACUGCGUCCGCUGGAGGAAGAAGUUCACCUUUGUGUGUAAAAUGAGCGCCAACCCAGCCACUGGCCUCCUGGACCCCUGUGUCUGCCGAGUGUCCAUCCGCAAGGAGCUGAAAGGUGGAAAGGCCUACUCCAAGCUGGGAUUUGCUGACUUGAACCUGGCCGAGUUUGCCGGCUCCGGCUCCGCCGUCCGCUGUUGCUUGCUGGAGGGGUAUGACACCAAGAACACCCGACAGGACAACUCCAUUCUGAAGGUCACUAUCGGGAUGUCUCUGCUGUCAGGAGAUCCCUGUUUCAAGACGCCCCCUUCUACCGCCAAGUCCAUCUCCAUUCCGGGGCAAGACUCGUCCCUGCAGCUGACCUGUAAGGGUGAGGGGACGUGCGGCAGUGGGAGCGGCGGCUCGGCCACCCUCACCGGGGUGAAGCAGCCCAAGGCAAGACCCACCAUCCUGGGCUCAGGAGUACCCGAGGAGCCAGAUCAGAACCUAUCCAGCCCAGAAGAGGUGUUCCACUCUGGCCACUCCCGCAACUCCAGCUACGCCAGCCAGCAGUCCAAGAUCUCGGGUUACAGCACGGAGCACUCCCGCUCCUCCAGCACGUCGGACCUGACGCACCGCAGGAACACGUCCACCGGCAGCAGCGCCUCCGGGGGGCUCAGCAUGACGGUGGUGGAGUGUCCUGAGCGAGAGAGGGAGCACAAGCCCGAGAAGCCCCCCCGGCCCCCCAGGCCUCCACAUAUGCCAGACCGAUCGUUCAGGAGGAAGAAGGAUUCGGUGGAAAAUCACCCAACGUGGGUCGAUGACACCAGAAUCGACGCUGACGACAUUGUGGAGAAGAUCAUGCAGAGCCAGGACUUCACCGACGUCAGCAACAACGAGGACAGUAACCUCCGGCUAUUUGUGAGCCGAGACGGCACCACGACGCUGAGCGGGAUCCAGCUGGCCAACAGGGUCUCCUCUGGAGUUUACGAGCCAGUAGUGAUCGAAAGCCAUUGAUCCCAGAGGCGAAGGAGACCCCUCCUGGAAAAAGGCCGACUCCCCGCAUGCCCGUGGGCCUCUCGGCGUCCUCGGUCAGCUACUCGUCAUUCCGGAGGGGUGGCCCCCCCAGCUCUACAGGCCACCUUUCCCCUUCUCUCUCCUCCGUCUCCCCAGCUUGGCCUCUCGCCCCUCUCCAGUCCUCAUUUUUGCACUCCAGACCUGGACCGGGCCAGGCCUGCUCGGGAAAAUGGCUCAAGAUGGCAGUUACCCCUCCCACCCCGCAGCUUUGAUGCCAUCCCGUUCUCAGUCCUUUCCCCAAAUUCCAGCCCCGGCCGGAUGGAGCCACUGUGAACAUUACCCUAACCACUCACGCGGGGAGAGCCGCACUGGUGGGAAGCCAAAGGCCAGGGCCACUGACGGGCAGGAUGGUUCCUGGGAAACGAGGAAACCGUCUUGGCUCAACCUCCGGGUCACCCCCAAGACACCCCCACCGUCCAGUUGGAGCAAACCACUCUCCGGAGCCUGGAUCGAAGGGGAGAGGAGACAGGGUUCGGGGCUGGCCGGCCCUUGUGAGGUGGGCCGUAGCUCCGUGGCUAGGCGGGGAGUGGUGUUUAGGUGUCGCUUCCGGCCACCCCCACGGAGAAGCAGGCGAAGAGCAUGGCUUGUCCGUGUACUCAGCCGCCCACCUGUCCUACAACAACGACUGUGAGUAUCCUCUUUCUCCUCCAGACCCCAGAGAGGGCAAGGGCUGAGAGCAGUCAUCCCCCCAACUACUCCCUUCUCCCUGCCACCAUUCCUUCCUCAUGCCGUUCAGUAACAGAGGCCAGGGUUGGGACACAUAAAAGGGUGCCACCCGUGAUUCCAGGAGGCAAGAUCGACUGCCUGGCCUCCCUCCUCCUCGGGAUGAGAGGCUGGGGUCCCUGCUGCGUGGUACACCUGCUCCCACCCUGCCCUCCCAAUGGUUUGGAUUGGGAGGGCGGGGUUUCCACUGCUCCUCCCCCGCUCAUUCAACCAGGGCUGUGGCCUCAGUGGCCACAGAGAGGGGCCUGCGUGACUACCGUCAGCAAAGAUGCUUUUCCCCUCUCCUGGUAUCGGAUGGCAGGCCCUGCGGAAGCCCUGCUAUCCACUACUGGUCUGCAACCUCCCACCCCCACCCCAAAACCAUUUCACUUUCAGCCGAUAAGCUACUCUGCCCAAUGCCACCCUCGUUCCUUUGGAAUCGUUUCUGCUGUUGCUCUCAGCAGCCCUGCACUUUGCACACUCCACCCGGGCUGGAUUGCUCCCCACCCACCAGCCCACCCGCCACACACCCUGUCGCCAAUGCUCACUGGAUGAGAAGACGCCCUCCCCUCCCGUUCCCCCGGCCCCCCUGGAAUUGUCCAAGGAGUGUGGCUUGGUCUGCCGGACGGGUCAUGUUGCAGAACUGGAAUGAAUGGGGACCAAGGCGGGCCUUUCAGUGGUCCCCUUGGCCGGGCCUGGAUGCCAGGCUGGCUAGCGAAUGGCCCUGCAGGAUCACCCUGGGGUUCCGGCGGCCCAUGCAAGGAGGAAGAGGCCCUGAAGCUAGGGGAGAGGAGACCGCACAGCUGGAAUCUGUGCUCCCGGUCUCUCUCUCCUCCCUCCACUCCACAGGAGGCCAACCAGGAUACCGAGGGGUCCCCUGGGGUAAGCGGGGCCUCCUGCUUUGAAGUAAUCCAGUCCCCACGUGCGGACGCACGGUCUACUGUGGGACACGGGUCCCCCUCCACCCGGGGCUGAGUCUCCGUGGGAGCAGUGGAGAAGCUGGGCAAGAGGGAGACAUGGCACAAGAACCCGGGCCUGGGGAGAAGACCCCAUUAUGAGGCCGGAGGAGCAGCAGCCAGGACAGAGGGGGUGGGGGGCGGUUCAUCUCCUGUGACCCUUGCAGCCCAUGCCACCCUUGCCACCCCCUCCCAGCAACACCCGUAGAGCCCUGCUCCUUUUUCCCUUGCUGCCCUGGAGGCUCCUGGGAAGCGUGGCAGAUGUGGAUGUUGGGAGCGGGGCAAUCCACAGGGAAGACUUCUUUAUUUCCCGAGCAGCGGUCUCAGGGGGGUCCCUGUCAGGGGCUGCCCCACUUACCACGAGAACCUGGGGGCUCCCCUCCCCCUGCUUCCGUCCUGCUGCCCCUCCUCCGGCCCCCACCCUGCCACGGCCUGGCUCCUGGCCAAAUUCUGAAUAUUGUGAUGUUGCCAUGUGUGGCCAUUUCAGCCUCAAUGCUAAAACCACUGGCUAGACUUCUUUUUUUUUCCUGUUUUCCGUCGUAAAGUUGUAAUUUUGUAUAAACCCAGCGGGCUGGUGUUAGAAUUUUUUUUGUGCUUCCUGUUUUUUUUUUGUUUUGUUUUUGAUGUUGUUUCCUUUGGUAUUUUAUUCCCCAGAGAGAAAGUUUAUCCUCCCUUUCUCUCCUCCCACCCCACCCAGCUGGCGCUCGCUCCCCUGGUGGGAAUGCGGGGAGCUGAUCAACUCCCUUGAGGUGGAGGGAGCAAUGGGGCAGAGCUGGGCUCUGCUCCCCUUUUCUCUCCCCCCCCGCCGCCAAAGCAGAGAUGACUCGGUUUCCCUCUCAACUGUUUGACAGCAGUUUGGAUGUUUCCAGAUCCUGGUUUCUGGAAGCCCACUACAGAGGGAGGACUGAGUCCCAAGUGUGUAUUUUUUUUUAAUUACCCUUUUAGAAAAUGAGUGAAAGGCAGUCAGCAUCCAGUGAGGCAGACCCUGCUGUCUGCUGGCUACAGUGGGCCCUGAUCGGGAAAGGUGCCACCCCAGCCCUGGGUGGGCAGGCGGACGGGCAGGCACCCCUCUCCUGCAUACGACUGGCACUUUACAUGGAAACUGGCCUCGAGGUCCUGAGGAUUCCCGGGAUCACGAGGCCUCUUCCCCCUCCUCCUCCUCCUUUUCCUAUUCCUCCUUUUCCUCCUCCCAGCCCCGUGUUCUUCUCCUGGGCGAAGUUGGGCUCCUCUGGAAUGGUUUUGUGGAAAACUUCUUCUGGGAGCAGAGCUGGGGAGAAAACCACAUUAUGGGCUGCUGACUGGGAGGGACCAGGGGUAGGGGGUGGGAAGAGAAUCUUUUUCUUUGAAAUGAUUUUUGGUUUUUAAAGAGUGCGCAGCUGGACUGUGCACCUUGAGGGCUCCCGACCCGGAGUCCCUGUGGAUGGGGGGAUUCCCUCCCCAAACCCCCCCAAUCCCACCACCCUUCUCCCCUCCUAUUCCCCCUGACCUCUCACGUUCCAGCUUCAGGGUUCUUCAGCCCUGCCCCCUGAGAGACACAUUCACAUGCCGCACACACACGCACACACACACACAGACAUGUACAUAUACAUACACGCACCCCCACACCCGACCCCCCACCCCUCGAGGAGACCCUGGCCAUCCCCUGGGGUUAAAAGGAAUAUGCAAUGAUCUGGGCCUGGGACAGUUUCCUGGGGAGGGAGAUGCCUGUCCUCUUCGACUGAUUUCCCGAGCUCUGGGUUUCUCCAACCAGGCCGUGCCAGUGCUUUAUAUUCAAAUAGAGAGAGAGAGACAGAUUAUAUUAGAGAUAUUUUUGGAAUGGGGAUAGGUCUAUGCAAAAGCAAGUGGGGAAAUCUCUUGAGAGACAGAUUAUCGUUUUUACUGGGAAAUCUAGAAGUGAGGGAAAACUGAUUUUUUUCAUCUAAAAGCGCGUGGAUAACGGGGACUGUUCUAUUUUGAUGAUUCUCGGAGACUUCUUGGGACAGGGAUGCAUUGCCCUCCCCGUUCCCCUCCCUCUCCCUCUCCCCUGGGGGUUUUGUAAAAUCCUGCUCUUGGGGGGACCAGGGGGUUUGUCGUGUUUCCCCCCGUGUUUGUUUGGGGUUUUUUUGUUUUUUCGUUGUUUUUUUUUUUUUCCUAACGGAAUGCCGCCGCCAACUCUGAUUCAACUGAUUGUGUUUGUAUUUCUGUGUCCGGUUGGUUCCUAUUGUAGAAUAACUGUGUAAGAGGAAUCAAUCUUAGGGUCCGACGUCUUUAUGGUUUGAGGGAAAUUAAAGCUGUGGGGUUUUUGGUAUUUGA